CCUUCAGUUCAUCUGACCUCAGCAUGAAACCACAGAACAAACAUUCCCCUUUUGUGUCCUUAAAUCUUUCUUUUAAUGUUGAUAUUCUGGGCAUCCUUCUACCUCUGUGACAGGAAAUCAUUCCACCCAAAAUGUAGAGUGGGCUGUGCAAUAUUGUUAGCCACACAGUGUCCAGGAGGCAAAAGGAGAAGUGCCUACAGGAAGAUAGUAGGAAGAAAUGCACUCCUCUGCUGACCUAGAAAAGGUCUUUGUCUGGUUUGGAAGUCGGGGCCACGAACAAUUGUGCUGUGUCUUUAAGCACAGUCUAAACCUAUGGAAGGUGCUCUUGUCAAUCAGGCCUUGCUAGCCAAUCAGGGACUCCGGUGACUCGUCAGUCAUAAGUGACGUAGAGACUUUCCCAGCGCCAUUUUCAGGCUUGGCUUUGAAGAUGAGCUGUUACCAGUGUUUGUGCUGUGCUGCAGAUACUACUACAGGGAUUGGAGUGGAGAGCUUGGGCAAGCCUGGAAACCACAACAUGAAUGCAGUUACCUAUGGUGAUGUGCAUGUUGACUUUACUUGGGAAGAAUGGGCAUUGCUGGAACCUUCUCAGAAGAAUCUCUACAAAGAUGUGAUGCUAGAGACCUACAAGAACCUCACUAUUAUAGGAUACAGUUGGGAAGACCAUACUAUUGAACAACAUUGGCAACAUUCUACAGGGUAUGAAAGGCAGAAAAAAAGUCAAAUUGGAGAGAAACCUUCUUUAUCUACUCAGUGUCUUAAAGCCCUUGGAUAUGACAGUCAUCUUCAAAGGCAUGAAAGAACAAAUCCUAAAGUGAAACCGUAUGAAUGUAAUCAGUAUGAUAAAGACUUUGUACAUCACAGUCGUCUUGAAAUGCCUAAUAGAACACAUACUGGAGAGAAAGCAUAUGGAUGUAAUGAAUGUGAUAAAGCCUUUACAUGUAUCAGUCAUCUUCAAAGGCAUAUAAUAAAACAAACUGGAGAAAAACCUUACGAAUGUAAUCAAUGUGGUAAAGCUUUUGUAUGUCAUAGUCAUCUUCAAAGGCAUAUAAGAACCCAUACUGGAGAGAAACCCUAUGAAUGUAAUGAGUGUGGUAAAGCCUUUUUAUGUAUCAGUGAACUUCAAAGACAUAUAAUGAGACACACUGGAGAGAAACCCUAUGAAUGUAAUCAGUGUAGUAAAGCCUUUGUAUGUAUCAGUGAUCUUCAAAGACAUAUAAGAACACAUGCUGGAGAGAAACCCUAUGAAUGCAAUCAGUGUGGGAAAGCCUUUGCAAGGCAGGGUUAUCUUCAUAUUCAUAAAAGAACACAUACUGGAGAGAAACCCUAUGAAUGUAAUCAGUGUGGGAAAGCUUUGGUAAGUCAAAAAAAUCUCCGAACACAUGAAAGAAUGCAUACCGGAGAAAGACCUUACGAAUGUAAUCAAUGUUGUAAAGCUUUUGUAUGUUACAGUCAUCUUCAAAGGCAUAAAAUAACCCAUACUGGAGAGAAACCCUAUGAAUGUCAUGAGUGUGGUAAAGGCUUUGCAUGUAUCAGUGAUCUUCAAAGGCAUAUAAGAAUACAUACUGGAGAGAAACCCUAUGAAUGUAAUCAGUGUGGGAAAGCCUUUAUAAGUCAAAAAAGUCUCCGAACACAUGAAAGAAUGCAUACUGGAGAAAGACCUUACGAAUGUAAUCAAUGUGGUAAAGCUUUUGUAUGUCAAAGUCAUCUUCAAAGGCAUAAAAGAACCCACACUGGAGAGAAACCCUAUGAAUGUCAUGAGUGUGGUAAAGCCUUUGCAUGUAUCAGUGAUCUUCAAAGGCAUAUAAGAACACAUACUGGAGAGAAACCCUAUAAAUGUCAUGAGUGUGGUAAAACCUUUACAAGGCAGGGUUAUCUAUACAUUCAUAUAAGAAUACAUACUGGAGAGAAACCCUAUGAAUGUAAUCAGUGUGGGAAAGCCUUUGCAUGUCACAGUUAUAUUCAAAAGCAUAAAAGAUCCCAUACUGGAUGUGGGAAAGCCUUUGCAUGUCACAGUUAUAUUCAAAAGCAUAAAAGAUCCCAUACUGGAGAGAAACCCUAUGAAUGUAAUCAGUAUCGUAAAGCCAUUUGCCCAUCACAGCACUCUUCCAAAGCAUAA